GCUUCUUGGGGUUGGCAACACAGAUUCGUACAUUUAAUGCCGUUUAACCUAAUGACAAUAUUGAAAAAAAAAAAAACUUUUAUUUUUAUUUAUUUUAAGACUGUAAUUCUGUACGUAAAUAUUGAUUAUAUGUAGGACACACAUACACUAUCAAGUAUAGAAUUAUUUAAUUAUUAGGUUAAUUAUUGUGUUUUCUUAUAUCGGCUUCGUUUAUCUAAUAAACACAAUAAAUGAAGUCUGAAUGUGAAAGCUGAAUAAAACACAAAAUGAUUUGGAAAUUAAUUGUUGUUUCUUCUGUAUUAUUUGUGGAGGCUCAAUUUUACGAAGAUAAAAGAUGCCGUUGUGUGUGCCCUACGCCGGCUUCUAUACUUAAUAAUACGAAACAAACUGAUAGAACACUUUACAUUGCUUAUGUGCCACCAAACAAAUGUAACUGUGAUGGCGUAAUUCUGCCCAAGGUUGCAGACGAAAUAAGAGAAAAUGCACAGGUGUUCUGUCCACGAUGUGAUUGUAAAUAUGAAACUAGAAAUACAACUGUAAUAAUGGUUGUUGUGAUACUGGUUGUGUGGGUAAUAAUGUUAUUAGUUGGAUAUUAUCUGUUUUUGAUGUUGCUUGAAAUGCUUGUAACAAAGAAACCGGCCUAUUCCUAUCAGAUACAAAGCGCAUCUGAAGAAACAGAGAAUUUAUUAAUGCAGGGGGAAGAAAUAGAAGACUAACAUAUACUGAUUAUGAAGAUACAUAUAUAUUACGAAACGAUAAAAAGUGAUUGCAUGUAAUACUAUUUACACAUGGCAGUUAAAUAAAAAGCACGUUACUUGGAUGAAUUUAAUUAGAAUGCAAAUCUAAAAAUAUACAGAAUAUACAAAUAACAGAAAUAUACAAGAACAGAAGUCAAAUAUUGCAUUUAAACUUUUUCUAUACACAUUUAAUCUAAACCACAGUAAUAAUGAAAGUUAUUACUAUUGAAAAACAAAAAUUUUUAUAUUGAUUUUGCUAUUACUAAACAUUUUUAAUAACUAAAUGUAAAACAUUGUAUAUCUAAAAUGAUUACUAUUCUUAUAACUUGUAGGUUAUAUAUUUAAAUUGUUAUACAGUGUAAUAAAUGUAUUUUAGACAGAA